AUGUGUCCUGCUCUUUCUUUUAUCGUUCGAUGUCAGCCGUUGUAUCGCUCCAGAUGUUUUAUUUCCCCACCAUUUAUUAUCCCUUGUCAAUUUAAUUCAACUUUAUCCCCCAUCUCAAACAAAGAAGCUUCGGUAACCCUGACUUCUGGCGGUCUACCACGAUUCCAUAUCCCAUUGCCUUCACGGGAUGAAACCUGUAUAUUCUCUCUGCGUCCAUUGUCUAAUACCGUCGGUGAUUUAGUGAAGGCUAUUGAAAAUGAGGACAAGGGUGUCGAUCGUGUGGCUUUUCUCGGCAACGAUGGUUUGCGAUUUGCCAAGGCGAAUAGUAUAGAGAUGCUCCUCACAAAUGACUUUGUGAUUGAAAUCAAUGACAAGCGAUUUCCCGUCAGCGUCGAAAAUUUGGGCAUCCCAUCAGACUUGGGCCCCAAGGAACUGGGACAAGUGCGGGCUCUGGUCAGUCGACUUAACACAGUGUUCUCUGCUGAGGAUGUUCAGGCUGAGAAGGAAAGGGAGAUCAAGAAACGCAUUGCCGAUAUUCAACUUCAGCUGGAACCCUUUGAAGAGAAGCGUAUAUCAUUGGCACAAGCCGCUUCAGCGAGGACGCGUCGAGUUACGUGGCUUGGUUUAGGUGCAAUGGGUCUCCAAUUUGGUCUUCUAGCACGUCUAACAUGGUGGGAAUACUCUUGGGAUAUCAUGGAGCCUGUUACUUACUUCGUCGGUUAUGGAACUACCAUGGCUAUGUACGCCUACUUCGUAGUCACCCGACAGGAUUACACUUUCCCGGAAGUAUUCGACCGUGAGUACCUAAAGACCUUUUACAAGGGAGCUGCGGCCCAAGGUUUCGACGUUGAACGGUACAAUGAUCUACGAGAUUCCUUAGCUCAAUUACAAAGUGAUCUUAAACGUCUACGAGACCCUCUUUAUGUGAAUUUGCCUUUGCAACAAACCAAGUACCUUGUCAAGGAAGAUGUAGAAGUUGAGGGAGCAAGCCAAUAG